AUAAAUUAGAACGAUUAGGCAAUCGAAAAGUUCACUCAAUUCAAGAUGAAGCAGUUAUAAAAAAACUUUUUCUUGCUCAGCAUGCUUUUGAGGAGAAAUUUAGAAGGGAUGAAAUAUCCGGAGUAACUAUUGGAAUGGUUGAUGAGAAAGAAGUUAUCAUUGUUCAUUUAAAUUUACCAAAUGGGUCAUUACUACACUUUGAUUUGCCAUCUUUAUUUGAGGGUUUUCCUGUGAUUAUUGACUACGGGUUGGUCGAACCGUUUAAUCAAAAUUAUCAUGAAAGACUUAUGCCUGGUAUUAGCAUUGGACAAUUAAAAAAUCUGCCAAAUGCAUGUACAUUAGGCAUAUUAGCUGAAACAAAAUCAAUACCUGGUGGUGUUUUUAUUCUUACUACAAAACAUGGGCUUGGGAAAAAAGGCACACCAGUAGUCCAACCAGGAAAAUUAGAUCAUUAUAGUUCCUUGAGUACUGAUGUAGAUGGACGCCUUCUUGAUUAUGCUUUUUGCAGAAUUAGCAAUAAUAAUAGAGUUUCCUCAAUUGUUAACAGUUUCAAGACAUCUAUAAGCAAUGAUCCAAAUAACGUAAUAGAUGUUAAAAAGGUUGGUAGGAGUACGUUUUAUACCAAAGGGAAAAUGGUUGAUGUAUGGAAAGAGAUUACAUCUUCAGUUUUCGAUCCUCCAAGAAAAGUUUAUGCUUUAUAUGUAGCUGGAAAUAAUGGAGCAUUUGGUGCACCAGGAGAUUCGGGUUCUCCAGUUUUUGAUAAUAGUAAUAAGUUAGUAGGAAUUCUUCAUGGAGGGUUUAAUGACGGAAGUGCCUAUGUAAUUCCGAUUCAUUUAAUUUUUGAACAUUGUAAAAAAAAUAGUGCACAAUUCGAAUUAUUGUAA